AUGCCCGUGGAUUGCUUUACAGACUGUAGGCAGAGUAACCUACAAGGACCUGCUGAAGUGGCACUCCUGCUUCCUGUCAGUAUGUCCAGAGCACCCCUCCUGCUGCUCUGUGUUGCCCUGAUGCUACCUGGACAUGCACAUGGAGCCACACUAAGAAAUGAAGAAGAAUGGAAGCCACUCAAUAAUCCCAGAAACCGAGAUCUGUUUUUCAGAAGCCUUCAGGCAUAUUUUAAGGGCAGAGGUCUUGAUAUUGAGAAGUUUCCAAGUACUUUCUCCAUGAAUGAGAAUCCCAGACCUCCCUCUUUCCAAUCAGAGUUUAUUGCUUCUGCAUUUGCAGAUUACGAAAAGCAGAAAAACUCCUUUCCCAAUUAUCUCAAAGGCUGA